AUGAUCUAUCCUAGGAGCUUACCUUAUCACACCAAAGCUCUUGUGAUCACAAAGGCGAAUACUGACACCGAACAAUGCCUAACGGAACCUCUAAGGGUGGAUCGACCUACUGAUUUGGCAAGAUUUCUAAGCCGGCCGAACGCACUCGGCCGGACAGGAAGGGAAUCGGCUUCGCUCGGCCAUCUCCAGGACCAAUACGGCCGCACGAACGCACCGUCCGAGCCGGGAGGCAAUGGAACACGAUCGACCGAGAACAUCACAUCACGGCCGACCCCGACGGCCGACCAUAUCCCUUGCACGGUCGACCCGAGCUCCGCAAACAAAAAGCCCACUUAUGCAGUUUCGACUAUUCUUGGCCCGUUUCACCUCAACCGACUUGUGGAAGACCUAGGGCACUAUAUAUACUCCUUUUUAGCCUCUUUAGAAGAGAGAGCCGUGAUGCGGAGUCAGGUUUUAUGA